AUGGAAGCAGCGCCGCCAUCCUAUGAGAGUGCCACCCUGAUCGACCACCUGGACCUCAUCGCACAAUACCUACCCUCUCGCGACCUCUGCGCAGCUGCUCUGGUAUGCAGCAAAUGGCACGCGACCUUUGCGCCUCACAUUUGGGGCAAUCCGGCGUCUCACUUUGGCAUUGAGAAUGAUGCCGUCUACGUUGCCUUGACUCGCUUCAAAAAGACCCUCCAAACCGCCCGCCUGUUCGUACGAUCUCAGACGCAUACUUUGCAUUUCCCGCCUGCUCAUGCGGAGAUUUACUAUGGGCCACACUCAGACUGGCUUCGGGAUCUGUUGGAACGGCUCCCGAAUCUGCAGUCUUUGAUUGUGAGGGGACUUCCGUUUUUCGAUUAUGCGGCUUUGCAGGCGUUGAGCUUUAUCCGGAACAAACCUGAGGAACAUCGACAUGCGCCUUCUGGGGUUGUGGAGUUGCCUGGAUCUGCUGGGAGUUUCUUCCAGAGUCCGACGACACUUAUUCCUUCAUUCGGUCUUCGGUUGCUGGAUGCUUCGAGGUGUCCGAAUGUUACUUCGAGUGGACUGGCUUCGGCACUGGCUCGAUUUGAGGGGUUGAUGUAUUUGGAUCUCUCCUUCAGCUAUCCUGCGAGGGAAGACGUCGUUCUGAACACUUUGAGGAAGUUCACUGGUCUCCAGGUUCUCAAGCUGCGUGGUGUGAGCUUGAAGGACGAGAAUGUACAUACUCUCAGCGGGGCCAUUGGCCUUCGAGUACGCAGCCUUGAUCUGAGGGACAACUACAUAACGGACCGUGGUAUCCGGACUCUACUAGAUCACUGCUUUCUUAUGCCCAGCAACCCUGUCAACCCAGUUCUUGGUUCGGCCCACGGACCCAGAUCACCAACCCUCCUGCCUUAUCUCGGCGCCGAGAUGCUGGACAUCUAUCGCGGCGAAGACUUCGAGGGAUAUCUACGGAAUGCAUUCACUGGCAGAUUUGUUAGUCGCCUUGCUAUCGAAGAUGCUCCAAGUGGCGGCAUCACACAUUUAUACAUCGCCGGCAACCUCAUCACAGUCGAAGCCGUAUCUGGUCUGAUCAGAUCUGAGAGGUUGCAUGUCCUUGACGUGGGCUCGUUGGCGCCUAGUCUUCAGAGACAUCCUUCUGGUUCGAGUGGUAAUCUCAGCAUGCCUGGCGCCGAGAAGCUUACGCCGGUUCUUCGUGAACAUGGAGGCGAGAGUGUGACCUUUCUCCGAAUCGAUCACACCCUCAUCACCAAAGAGGCCCCAAAUCUGCAUCCGGAAGAAAUCGUGCACGGCCGUGUAGAGCUUGGUGAUACCUCGCUGCCGUCCUGCUCAGGCGCACUUGAGUUGGAUGCCACGACAGUGCGUCCUGAGACAUUCGAGAUGCCGACAGAUGAGCAGACACCACGAUUCGAGCUGGAAGCCGAUCCUAUGCAAUUCGUCGUGUCGUCACCUAGAGAUGACACAUAUCAAAUUGACGUACCAGGACAAAAUGGAGAUGGUCCCAGAAGGGGUAGUGCUUUUGCUCCAGAAGUUGUUGACACUUUGGCAUCUGAGAUGGAUAGGAAGACUCACUUAAGUCCCGUGUCUGCGCUCGAAGACGGGACGAUGACAACUGCCAGCGGAUUUCCAAGCUUGAUCUCUCCAUUCCCACAAGACACGCCUGUUGGCUCCGCGCCAUCGACUCCUAAGCCUCGCCCACGUAGCUAUUCAUCUAUGGCGACUGAACGAAAAGCACGGUUGAACGCACAUGUACUCGCUGGACACAAUCUGCAUCCGGCGAUGUUGCCGCACAUCUCAACCUUGGUCUUGACGAACGUGCCGCCAUUCUCAACGAACCGUGAUGUUGCAAACCGCAUCAUCUGCUUCAUCAAGAACUGCGCUGAAGAAACCACGCUUGCCCAAAGUCAAGCCGAGCUUGACUACUCGCUGCCGCCAGGACGUAGAGAUCAUGCAACGGCUCUCAAGUAUUCCGCGAAGAAGAUCUUUGCACUGAAGCGAAUCGUACUUGAGAUGGGCGCGGAAAGUGAUCGAAGAAAUAGCAAAGCAAGUCCCUGGCAGCAUCAGGAUACCCGAUCGAUGACAGAAGACCGUGACAGCGAGGCUUUGUGGAAUGCCGCGGAGACAGACUUUAGCUUCUUCGGCGAGGAGGAGGUUGUCUUUCCCACGAUUCAGAGUGGUCGCUUUGCUUUUCAGUCUGACGAUAAGGAAGUCAGUUUUGGACAGCCGGUGAUGCAAAACGAGCCUGCAAAGCCAGCGGUGAAGCCUAGAAUCGACAACAUUGCUUUGCUUUCGGCGUUUCGAAAGGAGCGCAAGUUGGCAUAUCAGCGGAAUGUGAAUGCUGGCAAUCCUGAAGCUGAGACCGAAGGCUACUGGGGCGGUGUCGUCCAGGUUGUGCGAUCAAACAACAUGAGAAGUGAUGAAGACACGGAUUACUACGGCAACAUGUUUACGAAUAAUUACCUUUACCGAUGA